AUGGACCGUGUUUUAAUGAUUCUAUCCGAAGAAGAAGAACAACCUGUUGCUUGGUCUAGUGGAGAAUCAUCAAAAGGAGUAAAUCCUAAUCUGAAUCAGGGGAGGAAACUUGGUGUCAAGAUUGAACCUAAGGAUAUUGCUAAUGAGAUUAACUUUUGGCAGCCUUCUAUUGUUUGCUAUGUUGUGGGAGCCAAUCCUCCAAUUAAUAUCUUGGAUGGAUUUGUAAGAAGGCUUUGGAAGGAAAAUGUGGACAAAGUAGGAGUGCUCUCACGAGGAGUUUUCAUCAUUCGAUUCCGUAAUUUGGAAUUUCUUGAUCGAGUACUUAAGGGUGGGUAUUUGUUUCUUGGCAAGAAGCCAUUGCUUAUGAAGCCAUGGAGCUCGGUGGAUGAUUUUACAAAGGAGGAUAUUACUGUAGUUCCUACUUGGAUUCAACUGGGAGGACUGGAUAUUAAGUAUUGGGGUGAGAAAUCUCUUUUUAAGAUUGUGGGGCGGCCAAUUCAAGUAGAUAACAUCACCAAAUAUAGAGAUAGACUCUAUUAUCCUCGCAUUCUUAUUGAGAUCAGUAUGGAUCAGCAAUUUCCAGCAACAAUCAGCUUCUUGAAUGAGUUUGAUCAGGAAAUUGAUUUGCAAGUCGAGUAUGAAUGGAUUCCAAUUAUCUGUAAAAGUUGUUCUGGGAUUGGGCAUGAGGCUCAAGUAUGUAGAAAGAAUAAUCAAGGGACACAAGUAUGGGUACCUAAGCAAUUGAAACCUAAGCCGAAUAUGGAGCCAGUAGUAGAUGAGGAAGGGUUUCAGCGAGCAAACAAAGGAGUCAGGGGGACAAUUGUUUUUGCACCAACAACGGUUAUGGCAAACCAGUUUGCUAUCUUGACUGAGGAACAAGAGGAAGAAAGAGCAAGCAGGUUGACUACUGAAGAGGGGGGAGAUCCCUCUGCAAGACAUGGAUAA